CAAAAGAUUUUUAGAGCCGACAAAGCAAUCAAUAAUUAAUGAUCAUACAGGAAGUCGACGCACGCGACGACCCCAAAAAAUUGCGAAAAAGGCUUGGCAAUUGAUGAUAAAUAUAAUCAAAUAGAAUUUUAUACCUUAUCAAGAAAAAGACACGGAUAUUUAUUUUAAAAAACUCACAUAAACAUUUUUUUUUGGAACUUGUCUAUUGUUCGCAAGAUUUAAAUUGACAUUGAUGGAUGACUUUGCUUGACAGUGACAUCACAGUUGACAAGACAACAGCCGUUUUGUUGUUUAUUUAUUGAUUUAUGUUUUUGUCGUUAAUUAAAAACUGUUUACCGGGGAUUAUUUCAUGUUUUAAAGUUAUAUAAAAUAAAAUGGAAGGGGCAUAUAGCGACAAAUACUCUUUUAUUGGCGAAUGGUAUGAUAAUCAAGCCAGCCUAAUUCGCCGGUUCACUGUGUUCUUCUAUCCUACUGAUGAUACGCUGGAAAUGUUCGACCAACGGAACCGUAAGACUUUUGUCAGAAGAGUCAAAGUACAUGGUAUUUCUUUGGAUAGUUUUUACAUUGGCUGCACUCUUUAUAUCUUGGGCAGACUUAUAAAAAUUGUUGAUUUCGCUUGUGAAGAUACAAGAAAGAAACUGCAUAAAGAUAUGCAAAUCACUUUUGUACUCAUCAAACCAGUUCCUACAAAGAUAGCAGGAAAGAUAUUAACUCACUUCCAGGAGCAUGGGUUACGUGUUUCCAAACUGAAGAAAGCAAGGCUCACAGCAGAUGAUAUUGAUGUUCUUUAUAGGCAAACAGUUACAGACCCAACUUUUCCGUUCAUACUAGACCACCUAACUAAUCAAUUGGUUUACGGAAUGGAGCUUGUGGGUAGGGAAGCAGUUACUGCUUGUUUGGAACUUCUCGGAGAUAAAGACCCACUAAAAGCAGCACCGGGCACUAUAAGAGCCCUUUAUGGUGUUGAUCCAGUGAGGAACUGUGUUCAUGCCUCAACAAAUGCACAGGAUGCCAUUUUUGAUAUAGAUUAUUUCUUCCCCCCUCCACCCAUGCGGUCGAGUCGCCUGAGGCUGACUGCGACGCUGUCCAACUGCACUUUGUGUAUAAUCAAGCCGCACGCUAUCCGAGAGGGCAAGCUCGGCGCGGCGCUCGAAGCGAUUGACGAAGGAGGAUUUGAUGUCACAGCUCUUAACAUGAUCAUUGUGGAGAAUAUUAAUGCUUCAGAAUUUUAUGAAGUUUAUAAAGGAAUUGUGCCAGAAUACAAGGGUAUGGUGGAAGAGCUUUCUAGCGGACCCUGUGUCGCGAUGGAAAUAGUAGCAAAAGAUAAGACUGUUAACAGUGCUGUUGAGUUCAGAAAACUUGUUGGACCUGCUGAUCCAGAAGUUGCCAGACUGCUACGCCCCUACACAAUCAGAGCAAAACUGGGUAACACGAAAGUUCAGAACGCUAUUCACUGCAGCGAUUUGGCUGAAGAUGGACUGUUAGAAGUUGAAUAUUUCUUCAAGAUAUUAGAUCUAUAAAGGAAGGCUGAUUUCAAACUGAUAUGUUUAAUGUUACUUAACGUCAAAUUACUGCGUGACCGUGUGGAAAGCACGGUGUUACGAUAUGUAAUAUGUAGUUAUUAUUUGCACCUGAUUGCGUGGCUUUAGCACCGUGAUAAAGUAAUGUUUAAAGGUUGUUUAAAUUGGUAUGAAACUACAUUAGGCAAUAUGUUUUUGCAGUCGGUAUGACCUACGGCUUAUAAAUAUAAAAUUAUAUGAAAUGAGUAUAAGCUUCUAAAAUUAAGAGUGUAAUAAAUCUAUCAAUGAUAACUUUAUACUGCCAGAUUGAGAUUUAAAUGCGCAAGUGUGUAUGAAUUAAAGAUAUUUACUGAUAUGUUUCCGUAUAUAGUGCUAGGCCGGUACCUAAGCACAUCGACAUGCCAUGGCAGAGGAUUUAUGUUUUUGCUAAAUAAUAUUCAAACUUAUUUGUCACGAAAACUGCGAGUACACGACUUCUAAUCUUUUAAAUUGACGCCGUGGCAUUGAAAAUGUUUUCUUGGCAUCGCAAUUGGCAAACUACUGUUCCUUCCCGAUGCGCUCAAGCCUUUAGUCUGCACUUGAAAAAAAAACUCCCGUUGCUCAAUAGAUCUAAGACUCGCUCACAACACAAUAGUCUGAUGCAUCGCAUUUUUUGAUAAUUAAGCCUAUUAAUGAUUUGCACCAUGUUGCCACCUUACGUUUGUAUGUUAUUACAGUAAACAGCGUGAAAUAGCUAGUUCGAUAUACAGGUAUUUUUAUAUAAUAUAGAAAAACAUUCUCUUGAAGCACUUUAAGUAGAUACCAUUUUCUGUAAUUGAGAGCGUCAAAUAUUAUUGCGCAAACUUACGUUUCACGCGCAACUUAUAACUGGAAAAUUGACAAUACUCAUUCAUUACUGCUAAAAUAAAUACAUAUCUGCUUUGAGAUUAUUAAUGUAUCGUUAUAUGUUUUAUGUUAUAAUACUUUUUAUAUGUUUUGCUGCCUUGUGUACAAUAGUUUUUGGCUAGAUGCGAACUGUUCUGACGAGUAUGACCCGGUUUCGACCCGUAGGAGCAGGCCGACAAAUAAGACUGAUAACAUUAAGUGGUUUAUGAAGCCGUAUGAUAUUGCUUACUGAAAUCCUAAUAAAAGUUUGAGCAAA